UGAAUGGAGUGUCUUUAACGUUGGAGUGGAGGACUUAACUUUUCAGCACGCAAACAUGAGAGCCCUGCAUUCGGUCCUGGUCGGUGCCUUCCUGACCCUGCUGCUCUGCCUCCCCAGUCCCGGUCGUGGAGAAUCCUACUUUGGGGACAGCCACUGCAGUUUACAGGCCGUCCAAGAUGUCUCCACUUUCCAGCUGUCACUACAGAUCAAGACGAGUCGGCGAAGUGGGCUGCUGUUACUGGCUGCAGGAAUGGAGGAUUACCUGUUUCUUGAGCUCCAAAACGGGAAAAUACAGGCUCGGAUGAACAUGGGUGCUGGCGAGGUUAUACUGACUUCAUCCCAAGGAGUACAACUGAACAACCUUAUUGACCACAUAGUGUCACUCUCACUACAAGAUGGCAAGCUCACCAUGACAAUCGAUGAGCUCUUCCCAACAUAUGUACCAGUGGACAAUGAUGGGGAACAGCUCAAUAUCGACUUGGGCAUUUGGCUUGGGGGAACAGGAGACCUGGAUGCUUCCUACCUCAGCAACGCCAUCCCCCCUUUUCGCGGUUGCAUGACUCAGGUCAAAUUUGUAUCCCAUCAAUUUGAUAUUCUCAGCUCUGCAUUUAAACAGUGCCAUGAUACCAAGGAAGCCUGCAGCAGUGAGUUUGAAGCUGGUGAUGGGGAAGCAACCAGUUUUAGCACUCCGGAUUCCUUCAUGUCCUUCCCUACCUGGAGCGGAGCCAGCAGCUCUCCAAGGGUCUUAGAGGUCCUAAUGAAAACCACCAUUGAGGAUGCGCUGCUUGUUUUCCACCCUGGACGAGAUUCAGACUUUAUUGCUGUCGGUGUUGUAAAAGGCUUUCUCAGAGGUAUGUUGGACCUGGGCAAUGGCAUGGAGGUCCUGGAAAACACCCAGGUGCAGCUGGAUGAUGAUCAGUGGCACAGAGUAAAGGUGCAGAUCAGCCAGGAUUCUUUUGUCCUCAAUGUAGACAGCCAGUCUUCCUCCCUACCUCUUGACCCAACGCAAAAGUUGGACUUGGUUGGAAACUUGUAUUUGGGAGGCGUUCAGGGGAAAAUGAAGGAUGUCUUUCGUGAAAGUGGUUCCCUAAGUCGUGUAGAGGAGGAGAUGACAGCUGAAUCCUUCAUAGGAUGCCUGGGGGAAAUUAAAGUAAACCAGAAAGACAGAAGCCUGCAGGAUGCGUUGGUGACCAAAGAUGUCCAUGUUAAAUGUGAAGGAGAGGACUAUGACUACUCAAGUUAUGAUGAUGUUGACGCAACUACAACGUCUCCUCCUGUUCUUUUUCGAUUUGUUGAUAUAGACUUUAACGAACAGCAUUGCUACCCAACAGAUGACACGCCAGAGAUUUUCAGAAAUGUAAGGAAACUUCUGGAUGUUUCCCUAUUGCUUGUGCCAGAAAGUGGGGAUGGUGUUCUUGAUAUAAACCACCUUAAACCCACAUUUGACCUCAGUGCUGCAGGAAUGCGCCAGUCUGAUAUCAUUUUUACUCUCCAAAAUGAUCCCUUGUACGGCAUAGUUGAUAUCAACACUAGCACGAGACGCACACGAAAGUUCACUCUUCUGGAUAUUGUCAACAAGAAAAUUAAAUAUAUGCAUGAUGGAAAUGAAAGGAACACAGAUCAAAUCUCGCUACAAGUGGUUGCCACCAGUAACGGCUACCUACCAGAGUGUCUAAGAACUCCUCGCGAGUAUGUUCUACCAGUUGAAAUUCUUCCAGUUAAUGACAUACCACAACUUGGCGGAGGAGAAAUCACAAUCACAGAAAAUGGCAGAACACGUUUGAGUCCCACUCUUAUCAAAAUCACAGAUUCUGACUCCCGCUGUGAUGACUUAGUAGUAACUGUGACCUCAGAGCUUGCCGCGGAAGUUGGUUACUUAGAAAAUAGUCAGCAGCCAGGAAGAAGCAUCUCGGAGUUCAGUUGCAGAGAGUUGAAAGAUGGAAAUAUCUAUUUUGUACACAGAGGUGGUGCGGCUGAAAUGACUUUGGAGGUGUCUGAUGGACAGUCAGUAAGCCAUUCAACGUCUUUUAAGUUGUCCCUGACAGAGCCACACAUGACUAUUGUCACCAACACUGGCCUUCUCUUGUCUCAAGGAAGCAAUAUGUCCAUUGGUAUUCAACAACUCGCCGUCAUUGCUCAUCCUCGCAACGGAGACAUAAUUUACAACAUCACUCAACCCCUGAUUUUUGGAGAGCUACAAAAAAUGACAAGUGAGGGAAUGUACAAGCAAGUUACAACUUUCCACCAAUCUGAUCUGGAUCAAGCCCAUCUUAGAUAUGUCAGCACAGACUCCAGUGAUCAGGAAGAUGUUGUGGUGGAGCGGAUUCAGUUUGACAUCCACUUGGGUCAGUUCUCCCUCCCAAAAAACACAUUCUUAGUCAAGAUCAUCCCUGCACAAGUGAAAGUUUCAAACAUGGUUGCACUGGAGAUACAAGCUGGUGAAGAGCAAACAAUUGGACCUACGGAGCUUCAAGCAGAGGUAGCAGGGAAAAACCCAGCUCCAGAAAGUGUAAAAUACAUCCUUGUCAAGCCUCCAACUCUUGGUAGUCUACAAUUGCUAGACAGUGAGUUGACUGAGGGAGACACCUUCACACAGAAAGAUAUUUUAGAAAGUGCUGUUACCUACAGGGUGCAUGUUCAAAGAGCUGUGGAUAGCACUGACCAGUUCCAGUUCAGAGUCCUUGCUGAUGACCAGUACUCCCCUCUGUACACCUUACCAAUUAACAUCAUUGCCAACACAGAUGCUCCUGCUUUGACCAACGAGAGGCUGAUUGUCUUGCAGGGUGGUGAGCAGACUCUGAACAAAAACUAUCUCUGGAUGCACUCUGUGGGUUCUGCAGACUUUGUGUACACAUUAACACAAGGGCCAAAGCAUGGGCGACUGAUAAGAGACUCCCCACCCGGGCAGCCGAGAUUUGAGGGAGCAAUAAGGGUAUUCAGCACUGAAGACCUAGAGCUUGACAGGCUUAUAUACAAGCAUGAUGGAUCCAAAACAAGUGUGGAUGAGUUCUAUUUUUCAGUAGUAGAUCAAGAAACAGAAGGUUCAGAUGAUCAGGUAACAAUGACGGAUAUUUUCAGGAUAUCUAUCCAGUCGAAGAAUGAGCACACACCUGUGAGGGUUGUCGAUAAAGUCUUCAAUGUAGCCCGCCAUGGCCAGCGUCUGUUAACAACAGAUGUCAUCCAGUUCAAGGAUGACGACUCGGGUUUCAAUGACACCCAAAUUGUCUAUGCUCGCGAGGGAAUACUCUCAGGCAACAUUGUCUCAACAUCUAAACCUUCGCAGCCCCUGUUUCGUUUUACACAAGCUGACCUGCGAGACAAGAAUGUUCUCUUUAUCCACCACGGAGCAGAUCGGGAAACCUUCUCACUGCAGGUGUCAGAUGGCUUCCACAAGACCACCGCACUGCUCCAGAUACAGGCAGGUGAGCCCUACCUGCGAGUAGUCAACAACACAAUCAUUGUCAUUGAUCAUGGAAGCACCAAGACCCUUAACACCACCCUGUUGAGCGCUGACACAAACAUGGACGUCAGGGACGACACUGAAAUCAAGUUCCAGGUCACAACGCCACCCAGUGACGGCAGGAUUAUUGUGAGUGGGAUUGAGGCUUCAGCAUUCACCCAGGAGGAUCUAAAAAAAGGAGUUGUGUCAUAUGAGCACAAUUACGAGAGUCUGAGGUCCAAGGACUCAUUCAGCUUCACUGUCCAGGCAAGAGGGUAUUCUGAAGAGGGCACGUUCAGGAUUAAAAUAUUCAAGCAAGGUUACCUUUCUGAGCCUGAGGUGAAAACCAAUAAUGUCAUCAUUUCCUUCGAGGGAGAGCACACCAUCAUCAAUAAGAAUUAUCUCAAGGUGGAUCAAGCUGAUAUUCUGCCUACAGAAAUGGUGUUCACCAUAAAAGACCCCCCUAAUCUCGGCCAUGUGGUCAAACUGACAAACAGCUCAGACAGCCCGACCUCGCCUGUCCUCAACUACAUUCACUCCUUCACCCAGGAGGACAUUGAUCAGGAGCGCAUUUUCUACGUGUCGGCAUCAAUCCAGGGCAAUGAUGCCUUCACUGUAGAUGUCAGCAAUGGGUUUACUACAGUGGAAGACCUGGAAAUCUCUGUGAACAUCAUACCCCGUAUCAUCCCCAUCCAGACCUUCAACUUUACAGUGAAGGAAGGCCUCAGCAGGGUGAUUAACGAAGAUAUCGUUAACAUCACUCACCCCUUCUACAGCUCAGCAAACGUUGAAUUUGUUGUGGAAGAGCCACCACAGCAUGGCGACAUUCGCUACCUGCAUGGAGACGAACUGACUUAUUUUAGAUGGGAAGAGCUGAAACAUGGACGCAUCUACUACAUGCAUGACAGCACCGAGAGCACCGAGGACAGCUUUACACUUUCUGCCUCCAUUUAUGAGCUUGAGCGCCAGAGCCUCCCUGUCACCAUCGCAGUGACUGUCAUACCAGUCAACGAUGAGCCGCCUAAACUGAUACGCAACACGGGACUGGAGGUUCUAGCCGGAGAGGAAGCUGACAUCACCUCCAGCAUGUUGAACACCGAGGACGCUGAUACCCCUGAAGAGGAACUGGUCUACAACGUGGAGGUGCCGACCAACGGGAUGGUGGCGCUGAAGGAAGCGCCCGAGGAGGGCAUCCUGAAUUUCACACAGGCUCACGUCAACAGAGGGGAGGUCAUCUUCAUGCACGAGGGUGAGGAGUCUGGAGGCUUCAGUUUCACCGUGACAGACGGCGAGCACACGUCUCCUCUCUACAGAUUUGUUGUCACCGCCAGGCCUCUCACCAUCACCAUGGUAACGCAGGAGGAGCUCAUGGUAUUUCCAGGAACCAGACAGCCCAUCACAAGUGCCAAUCUGGGGGCUGUAACCAAUGAGGAUGGAAAUGAGAUAAGCUACUCACUCAGACGCCCCCCUCGUUUGGGCAGACUCAUCCUCGCCAAUGACAGGAACCAGUAUGAGGAAAUAACCAGCUUCUCUCAAACACAGCUGGAGUCAGGAGCGGUCUACUAUGAGCACCAGAUACCAGAGGAGCCUUUUUGGGUGGUUAGGGACUCCAUCGAGCUCACUCUGAAAUCACAGCCAGCCCCAGACGUUCGUCACAUCCUGCCCAUCACCGUCUCGUACUACGCUGCUCACAGCAACAUCUCCUCACAGCUGUGGAGGAACAAAGGUCUCGAUAUUGUGCAAGGCCAGAGGAAAGUCAUUGACGAUUCAAUUCUUGAUGCCUCCAACCUUCUGGCUAGCCUACCUGAAGAUCAGCGAGCCGAUGCUGAUGUCAUUUUUGAGAUUAAGCGCUUCCCUGACCAUGGUCGUAUCACCCUGGGCGGUCAGGAUCUUCCCCGUAAUGCCCCCACCUUCACGCAGGAAGAUGUCCUUCAAGGAAAUGUGGAGUAUCUCCAUGAUGACUCAGGUGCAUCCUCUGACAGCUUUGCUUUCAGGGCCCGUCUAAAGUCUGAGGCUGGUGCUGUGGCCUCACCUGCUGAAUCGGUGGUCCUUGACGAAAUCUUUAACUUUUCAGUCAAACGUCGGGGCUCGGACCCUCCUGAACUCGUCACUAAUGACAUGCUCUUGGAGGUUCUUCAAGGCUCAAUGACAAUCCUGACAAAGAAGCAUCUUAACACCCAAGACGAGGACAGUUCGCCUGAUGAGGUGCUCUUCAAAGUGACCAAAAUCCCGAGCAACGGCCAACUGGUUGACUCUUUCACAAUGAAGCCCAUCUCUGAGUUCACACAGGAGAUGGUCAAUCAGGGACAGGUGGGCUUUUACAGCGAUGGUACCCUGGCUGAUGGAUUUGUCGAAUUCAUCGUGUCGGAUGGAGAGCACCAAACAAAGCCACACGCGCUCCACAUCGGCGUCCUUGCUCGCACCCUGUUUCUUGACAAAGCUCCUGAGAUCAAGGUGAAGCAAGGCGACGAUGAGACCCUGGUGACUGAGGAGAUGUUGAAAGCCACUACUGGGGGCCCCGUUGAGGAGGACAUACUUUACAAGAUCACAAGUGUUCCAAAGUAUGCCGCUGUCAUGGUAGACCGGCAGCCUACGUCCGCUUUCACCCAGAAACAAAUCAAAGAAGGCAGAGUCAGCGUCCGCUUUGUGAAGUCCACUUCACCUCGAGACAGUGUUGCAUUUGUAGCCCGCAGUCGUGCAGCUAAUGUCUCCUCUGUACUAAACAUCACAGUCCAGCCUCUGGCCAAUAUCGCCCAGGAUCCCCUUCUACCCCAAGGUGCUCUUGUCCAACUGGACAGGAAGCUCUUGGAUGCAACUCCCCUUGCAAACAAGACCAAAACCUCCCCCUCAUUCACUGUCAUCCAACAGCCAAGGGGGGCUCGUUUUGUGAGAUCUGGAGGUCCUGGUGCUGGUCAGCCAGUUGGCACAUUCAGCCAGAAAGACCUGGAUGAGGGCCGUGUAGCUAUGGAAAUCCUAGACAGCUCCUCUGGAUCAAAGAGUGGUGUCUCUCAGGAUGAGGCGCGCUUCCUUCUCAAAGCUCAUGGGGUUCCUCCUGCAGAAUGCGUGCUUCCCUUCCAGACUGGCCCCUACAAUGCCUCUGGGGUCUAUCCUGCCACCCUGCUGAGGAUUCCCUCACAAACCCCAUCAAAGGACAACAAAGACCUCCCUGUUGUUGGUAAAUCCCCUCUUCCCACUCCAGCCACUACAACAUCUUCAGGCACUGGUUCCCACGGGAGACCACAUGUUUCCCGGCGUAGCAACUUCUGGUCUAUUCUCAUCCCAAUCCUGGUAAUCCUCCUCCUCUUGCUGCUGGCAGCCAUCUUGGCCUACUACCUGAUCCGUAAAAACAAGACUGGCAAGCAUGAUGUCCAGGCGGCAGUAUCCAAGCCCAAAAACGGAGAGGUGGCCGGCACAGAGACUUUCCGUAAAACUGACCCAGCCAAUAACAUCCCUAUGUCCAACAUGGACUCCAAAGACGCAGACCCAGAGUUGUUGCAGCACUGUCGGACAACGAACCCAGCCUUGAAAAAGAACCAGUACUGGGUCUGAGACACUUUGACAUGUGGACACAGAGAGAGUUGGAUUCUUGAGUGUUUGCAAUCCUCCUCACAUCAUUCCUCUCAGUAUUAAAGACCUCUUGCCACAAUAGUUUAAAUGAAAAUCUUUUUUUGACCCCAUUGGUUAUUUACUUAUCUCAGCAUAACUGUGGACAAAUUCUCAGGCAAUGAAACACUGAAUACCUAUUGGCAUAAAUAAGAGGCAGUUUCUUAACUUAGGAGGCUUAUGGCGUUUCUAUUUAUUUUAGUUUUAUCAUUCCUCUUUGUCACUGGGCACAAAUGAAGACAUAAACAUGUCAUGUGUUUGCAAAAAGUAUUUUUUAAUGUGCCUUUCAUUAUAUUCCAUUUAUCGUAGGCCGAUAGUGUCCAGUUCAGUAAGUCUUUGUGAUCGUACAUUUUAGAUUUUGGUGCAUCAGAAAAGUUGAUAAGCCUUGUACAUAGAUGAUGAGGUAAGUGUAUGCUGUAUUAUCAAACAGAUUGGAAAAUGCUCCUUUGUGUUUUUUUUCUUUUUUUAACGUUGUUUUCAAGCUGCCAUUGUUCUUCAGGGCUGAAUUCAGUUUAUAGAAUUGGUACAACAUUUUUGGAAAAUAUGCUAAUUCACUUGCCUCAGAAAGUUUGUUCGAAAGAAUGAUACCACUGUCAUAUCUGAUUGGUAAUUUUGAGCUACUAGGAGAUGUUAGCUUAGCUUAGCUUAGCUAGACCUUUCAAUUAGGAGAGAUUCUUAAGCUGUUCUAUUGUUUGUUUGUAUUUUGGGGGGGUUAAAACCAUAGACUGUAUAUUAAGAUAGACGGAGCAACAGCCGCCUGGGAGUGAAGCCAAAAUAUUUAGAGCUCCCCCUGCUGACUGGCUGAAGCAUAGGUCAUAAACUCUGACUCCUCCAUGUUAACAGAUGGGACCUGGAUUGACUAAUAAAGUUACAAUUAAAAGUCAAAUCAGAAUUCUGUCUUUAUAGUUGGUUUUUAUCAUAUUGACUUAUAUCCGUGUGGUAUUCUUUUUGUCUUAAUUAGUUAUUUGACAUUUUAAAAAAAAGAGCGGGUGUAAUGUCAUGAUUGACAGCUUUAUUGACAAAUGCGGCUCCUUGCAGAGUUCUCAAGCAGAUUAGCAGAGUAGAGGAGGAAAGGCAAGAGUAAACACAACAAAAACUAACAAUACAGUAAUUUACCUCAGUCAGCUCUCUUCUGUGUAUGUCUUGGCUCCAAAUGAUGUCACCAGUGCAUUUUGACUUCAAUUCUGUACAACAGAAGGAUACAGAGAUGUGUCGUCCAUAUUAAUAUACAGACUAUGGUUAACACAAUCCUAUAAAGCUCAAUUAUUCACAUUUUGUAUCUCUUUUGUGGCCUUGGCAGGCCUAAUGUUGAACGCUGUUUCUUUGGUAGUUACAGUUACUUCUUUUAACUGGGUAGCAUAAAUAGGCUGACUGCUUGCCCUGUUUCCAGGCUUCAAAUUGCUAACUGUCCGCUGGCUGUGACUUUAUAUUUAAGAGAGGUUUCAAUCUUCUCAUCCAACUCUUAGACGUUUUGAGAACUCGGGUUAUUGGCUCUUUUUAUCCUUUUAACACACUCUUACAUUUUAGAUCUCUCUUUGAGUUUAGUGUGGAAAAGUUGGUUUGUCAUAAAACAGUUCAAAUUUAAUAAAAAACGUGUUGCAGCAGCUUGCACAGGUUUGAUUGAGUUUAGCUCAGAGUGAUGUCAUCAUGCAUUAUAUGUUAUGAUUCUGCACGCUUCCAUCUUGCUUGUAAAUAUUCACUGGACUGGCACAGCACUGACCACAAAACUACACAGUUGACAGUUAGCAGACCACAGUGGGAUGUUAUUUAAGUCAUGAAGGUCUUUAACACAUCCUUAUUGGCUGGCAGGCCGGGGUGAGGUCAUCUCAAAACUGAGUUUGUUUCAGAUUCCAAGUCUGCAAUUACGAAUUUAUAAAAACCGGUUGGUGCUGGGGUGGUUAAACAAAUAAAAUAAAUGCUCCACUUGUUAGGUUCAUUUAAAACAGAGACGUUGACAAAGUUUAAGUCUUCAAAGCUAUUUUUGAUGUUAAUCAUUCCAUUUGUAAGCUGAAUAUGCGGACCGGUAUAUAUCGAAUUGAAAUGUUCGUUGUAUUCUUUUAGACUCAAGAUUUGUGUUUUAAGUUGAAACUAUGCAUAGCCUUGCUGUAAAAUCAUUCUUCUCUUGUUUCUCUGUGUCAAUUAUCUGUUUUUUUUAUAUUUUUUUAAACCAAUACAGAAAAGACUUCAUGUUCGUGAAACUGUUUAACCAUUUGCUGUACAUUUCUUUUCUCAUUCUGUAUGCUGAUGACACCUUAUUAUUCGUCAUGUACUGAUUAUUAAAUAUUCCUUUGCAGUAGUCAUUUUUCUAUCAGGUUAUAGGUUGUAUUCUUUUCUUUUUUUUUCUCUUGACACCACAAAAUGUUUGGAGCAAUUUUACAAAUUACACAGGUCUCAGGAAAUGAUAUGUUUCAGGAGACUGUGUAUUUCCAAUGACAUUAUCUCCCACGAAAAAAUAAAAAUGGUCGUUCCUCCUUCAAGAUCUCACUUCCACAUCGGACUGGUUAUAUGUGUAAAUAUACGGUUUUUAAGUUGAGUUUGUGGUCAUGAUUAAUAUCUUGAAUAUAUAUAUACAUAUAUAUAUAUAUAUAUCAUGCUUAAUUGAAGGUACAUGUAACUGCAUUUAAUUAGACUGAUUAGGCAGAAACUAUGCUGAGUGUGUCUCUGUUUGUAGGAGUGUGUGUUUGUGCAGCUUCCUGUCUCUCCAUCGUCUGUUAUGCUUACUAAGAGUUAUGUUCCUCAUCUGAUUUCAUCACCACCGCUCUUUGUCAUUAUUUAUUAUUUCUGUCAUAACCCCAAAAACACCAAUUCAGACUCAAGUUUGUGUGCUUUGCCAGAGAUUGAUCAGAAUUAUGUUCACUGCAAGUGCCUUUCAAAGUGAUCAAAGCAAUUUUGAAGACUCUUGUUCUCGGCACUAAUGGAAAUAAAAAUGUUCAUGCAGCACAA